AUGGGCCUCCACGUGGCGGGAAGUGUUUGGACCAUCAACCCCUAUAUAAGGCGGGCGCAGUUAUCGCCAUUGCCCAUCGUUUCCGUUCCAUUGGUGCAGAGCGAGAGAGAGAUGGAGACGGUAGCGGUGGUCGAGAACAGGCCGGCGACUGGGGACGUGGUGGGCGUGGGGAAGAUCAAGAAGAACCGCAUUCAGGUCUCCACCAACAAGAAGCCGCUCUUCUUCUACGUCAAUCUCGCCAAGAGGUACAUGCAGCAGUACAAUGAGAUUGAGCUCUCUGCGCUGGGCAUGGCUAUUGGCACGGUCGUCACAGUCGCUGAGAUCCUGAAGAACAAUGGACUUGCUACCGAGAAGAAGAUCUUAACCUCCACGGUCGGCACCAAAGAUGAGGCCAAGGGCCGCCUGGUUCGGAAGGCCAAGAUUGAGAUACUGAUGGGGAAGAAGAACUCAGAUGACCAUGACUCUGCCGACAAAGAAGCGGCUCAUGAGGCAACCGAAGCGGAUGCGAAGAAGUGAUGCGGGAGGGAUUCGAUUCCUCUCUUGGUAGUAGUAGCUGUUAUGUAAAUAGCAUGAGUCAGUGAUUCAGUGUUUUCCUCCGACCAGUAGUUUGUUUAGGCCGAGUGCUUCAAAUUCCGUCUGAGAUUGCUUCUAUCACUGCAGUGUCUUAUUUGUUGCGUGUGGGAAAUGACUGGUUUUCACUGAAUAAAAGGAGAAACAG